ACACACACGCACCAUACGUGGGAUUUGCCAGCACUGCACACCCAGCCGCACCCCAAGAAAGAAAGAAAGAAAGAAACCAGAGGAGGAGCAACAGCAACGACACUGCACCGGAGCGUCUUCCCUUCCCCGCCUCUCCCCCUCCCGGAAUAUACCUCCUCCGAGCCAACCCAGCCUCCCGCGCUCCCUCCCCCUUGCCUCCGGCCAUGGCGGCGGCGGCGGCGGCGGCGGAGGCGGAGGAGGGGCGUGCGGCGACCAAGUACGUGCUGAUUACCGGCGGCGUCGUCAGUGGCCUCGGCAAGGGCGUCACUGCCAGCAGCGUGGGCGUCGUCCUCAAGUCCUGCGGCCUGCGCGUCACCUGCAUCAAGAUCGACCCAUAUUUAAACACAGAUGCUGGUACUAUGUCUCCCUUUGAGCAUGGUGAGGUGUUUGUGCUUGAUGAUGGAGGAGAGGUGGAUCUGGAUUUAGGGAAUUAUGAGCGUUUCUUGGAUGUUACUCUUACGAGGGAAAAUAACAUUACCACCGGGAAGAUAUAUCAGUCUGUCAUUGAGAAGGAGAGGAAGGGUGCCUAUCUUGGAAAGACGGUCCAGGUAACUCCCUUGUUUUAUUCAUUGCUAUGUUCACAUACGCACGAAAUGCCAAAUAUGACAGCCUAUGAUACUCUUACAACUAUAAUUUUUCAGGUGGUUCCUCAUGUAACUGAUGAAAUAAAACAAUGGAUACAAUCAGUGUCCUCUGUUCCUGUGGAUGGGCAGACGUGUCCAGCUGAUGUUUGUGUUAUUGAAUUGGGCGGUACUGUAGGUGAUAUUGAAUCAAUGCCAUUCAUUGAAGCUCUACGCCAGUUGUCGUUUUCUCUUGGUAAGGACAAUUUCUGCCUCAUACAUGUGAGCCUUGUUCCAGUGUUGGGUGUAGUUGGUGAGCAAAAAACUAAGCCAACACAACACAGUGUACGAGAACUAAGGGCCUUGGGUCUUACUCCUGAUCUUCUAGCGUGCCGAUCAGCACAGCCACUAAUAGGAUCCGCGAAGGAGAAGCUUUCACAAUUUUGUCAUGUACCGGUUGAGAACAUACUUAACAUCCAUGAUGUUCCAAAUAUAUGGCAUGUUCCCCUUAUUCUUAGGAACCAAAAGGCUCAUGAAGCUAUAAUCAAACAACUAAACCUUUCGAGGUCUGCUGGCCCCCCUGAAUUACGAGAUUGGACGCUGAUGGCCGAGUCAUAUGAUAACCUCAGUACCUCUGUUAAAAUUGCUUUGGUUGGGAAGUACACUAAUCUGUCAGAUUCUUACUUAUCAGUGGUGAAGGCUCUCCUACAUGCCAGUGUUGCAUGUUCACAGAAACCUUCUAUCCAGUGGGUUUCAGCUUCAGAUCUUGAAGAUGCGGCUGCAGCAAGUGCACCAGAUGCUCAUGCUAAAGCUUGGGAAACUCUUAAGGGUUCCUCAUGCAUUUUGAUACCUGGAGGAUUUGGAGAUCGUGGAAUAUCUGGUAUGAUAUUGGCGGCAAAAUAUGCUCGUGAGAAUAAAGUACCAUAUCUUGGCAUAUGUUUGGGAAUGCAGAUAUCGGUGAUUGAGAUGUCCAGACAUGUUUUGGGUCUGGGAAAUGCAGACAGUGAAGAGUUCAAAACAGACACACCAGAUCGUGUUGUUAUGUACAUGCCUGAGGUAUCAAAAACACACAUGGGGAACACGAUGAGGUUGGGUUGCCGUCGAACGUUCUUCCGCAAACCAGAUUGUCUGACAUCGAAACUGUAUGGAAAUCCUCCACAUGUAGAUGAGCGCCAUCGUCACAGAUACGAGGUCAAUCCUAGCUUUGUUCCAAUGCUUGAGAAUGCAGGACUUCAGUUUGUUGGUUGUGAUGAAAGUGGAAACAGGAUGGAGAUUGUAGAGCUACAAGAUCACCCGUUCUACAUAGGCGUUCAAUUCCAUCCAGAAUUCAAGUCUAGGCCUCGAAAAUCGUCACCUCCAUUUACAGGUCUGAUACUGGCAGCGACUGAACGCAUGCGAACACUUACAAAUGUCCCCAAUGGUGGCGCUGGAGCUUCUGAGUAGUGUCGUUGCACACCGUCAGAUGGAUAUCACCCUAUGUGUGUGCAGUUCAAGAAUCUGCUUGUGGCCGAAGCAGUUUCCAUCAUGUAGUCAUGUACCAGAAAUGUACCUAAGCUAAGAGAUAUGUUCUGUUUUCCGUGGGGAGUGGCUUAACCGAUCAUCAUACAGUGGGGUCGUAAUUUAGUUGGCUAAUUGAGAUGGCAAUGCUAAGGCACUUGUCGACUUCAUUUGAGGUACAACCUGUGUAUCAGUCUGAGAUGAUCAUGCAAAGUUCUUUGACCUGCCCCCUCUUUAUUACCAUGGUAAAUAUGGUAUGCUGCAAUACGAAACCCUGGUGAAAUAA